AAAUAUGGAUUGCCUUGCCUGAUUUUCCAGAUUACAAUAAAUGGGGCUUUUCUAUGAUUGCUCUAAACAACAACAUUUACAUUACAGGUGGCUCUAGGGGAUCACAGAAUGACACAUGGUCUACAACUCAGUCCUGGUGCUUCUGCCUUAAGAAGGGUGUCUGGAAGUCCAUUGCUCCAAUGCUGAAGCCCCGAACAAACCAUGCCAGUGCUGUUCUCAAUGGAGAGAUCUAUGCCAUUGGUGGCACCACUAUGGACAUUGUGGAGGUAGAAUGUUAUGAUCCUUACAAUGACAGCUGGUGCUUUGUCAGUCCUGCCUUGAAGUACGUCAGUAAUUUUGCUGUAGCUGGAUGUCUUGGGAAGUUGUACCUCAUCGGUUCUUGUGCUAUCAAAUAUAAUACACUGACCCUCCAAUGUUACAACCCUGCUGUUGAUGUCUGGAGUAUAAUUGCAUCUCCCUUUCUCCCCAAGUACCUUUCUGCUCCUCGAUGUGCCUCCUUGCAUGGAGUCAUUUACCUUAUUGGUGAUAAUACAAAGAAAGUCUAUAUGUAUGAUCCAAAUGCUAACAUAUGGCAGAAGGUACAACAGCUUCAUACCUUGCAUGAAAAUGGUGGAAUGGUACCUCUUGGCAAUAAGCUCUUUGUCACAGGCGGCUACUGGAAAGGUAUGGAUGGCGACUAUCAAGUAGAGAUGGAAAUGUAUGAUUGUGCCAAGGAUGUUUGGACAAGAGAAGGGUCACUUCCCUGUUUAUGGCUCUACCAUGCAUCUUCUUCUAUCUUCAUGGAUACUUCAAAGUGGAGGGAACUUUUCCAGUUGUGAUCACAGAGUUUGGUUUGACAUCUCACAGCUCUGACUGAAGGUUUGGAAAAGGAAUAACCUUUUUUAUUAUACUACAGUUUUAUAUGCUCUUUGGUGUCUCUUAGUUCUGACUUCAUAAGAAUUAUAGCUUUGACACUAUAGCCUCUGUUGAGCUGAACCAACUUCCCUACAGUGAAUUUCUUCGUUCACAGCAAUAGCCUUAAAGCCUUAAUUGUAAAAAUCUUAGAAUAAGCAUAACAGUUGUGUUGCUAUAAGCGUUAUUAGAAUACACAGAUUCAAUAAACUAAGUUAAAAUUCCAGCACCUGAUUCCAACCAACCAAUGUAAUGGGUGAACCAGGAACUUAGAAAAUUCAUCUGUGAAAACAUCUGCAAUCUUUUAAAAUUAGCUGACACUUUCAUGAGAUUCCAGUGCAAAAUACAUUAUGCAUCAUAUACUUGAUAUGCUCAUGUAGGGUAGUUUCAGUGUGAAAAAGAAAAUGGCCCUGCCCAGGGUUAGGCAAGUUUAAAUCUUCAGUACUAACUUCAUGGAUUGGAUUGAAGUAAGUAUCUGAAAGAGACCAAAAAUAAUGUGAGACAAUUCUAAAUUAGAACUAGAAUUGCUCAGUACUAAUUUUAGAUCAGAAUGGCUAAUGUUGAUGUGUGACCUUAGGAAUCAAAAACUUUGGGAGACAUGCUUCUUAAAAUAAUCUAGGAAUGUUACUUGUAUAUCUGUUUUUGUCACUGUGGAGCAGCCUUCCCCAAUCCCAUUGUCAUUCAGAUGUGUUGGAUUUCAAUUCCCAUGAUCCCUAGCCAGCUCAGACAUGCCUAGGAUCAUGGAAGUUGUAGUUGAAUAUAGCAGGGGAAUGCCGAGCUGAAGAAGGCGGUCCUAGGACUAGUUCUGUAUCUAAGGAAGUGUGAGCAUGCUCAAUUUAAUUAUCCUCAUAUUUUUAUUAAUUCCAGCUGUGAAAAGAAAAUAUACUUCUUCCAUGUUGAUCAUUCUCCAACUGGUCAUUAUGAUAAAAGAGUCUCAUUUGUCAUUUUUAGUAUAUAUUUCUUUUUUUAUUGUUACUGGUGCUUAUUAUUCAAAGUUUCUUUUGGGUGAUAAAUACUGUAUAAUUAUAAACUUUGUGCCUCUGUUCACAGUAAGAAUAUAUUUAUUGGAGGGGAGGGCAAGAAUUUUUUUGUCUUGCAGAUAUUCUUGAAUUUUAGCUUCCUAUUUUAUGUGCUUGGUAUAUAUGUAUCUAAGUAAUAUCCCUAUGCCCUAUGAGAGAUUACUUUUAUUCCUAGUAGAAUUUUUAGUCUUGGAAGGUAUCAUAUACUUAGGGGUGGGGAAAAGUGAUAGCAUUAGCUACAAGAAACCUAUUCUUUUUUAAAGGAUAAUUUUAGACUAAUUAUUUCUAAUUAUUCAUGCUAUCCUGACACUGAAUGUUUUAAAUAUUAAUCUGAAAGUGAAAAACCUAUGGCUUUCCAAAAGUCAUCAAACUACAAGUUCCAGCAACCCUGGUCAUUAUAGCUAAGAAUGGGAAAAUUCUGUUCAGUGAUAAAACAGUGGAAACCUUAUAGGUUUUACAGAUCAGAAAAUUCGUCAUGGGCAGUUGUUAAAUUAAAUAUAACUGCAUACUCAUAAGGAGCUCAGUUCCAAAAUUAUUCACAUAGCAGAAAGCCCUAACUGGGUUUUACUCAUAAGCAAGUGUGUUUAAGAUACUAUAAUCUUAAGGACUUCUCCAGCCUUGUUUCUUCCAAAUGCGUAGAGACUGCAAUAACCAGAAAUUCCACCUGACGUGACUAAAAGGAUUCUGGGAGUUGCAGUUCCAACCCAGUGGCAAUUGUGGGGAGUCAAAAAAGCCAAGAUGCCAAUUAUAACCUUUUGAUCAAAAUCCCGCCAUUUGCACAUGCAUGUGUCAUUGAUACAUGCAUAAAGUGGUGGGGCUUUCCUUCUACAUCUACGACAAUCAUCUUGCCUUGUCGAACACAUCUGGAGGGCACCACGUAGGAAAAGAUAUUCAACAGCAUUACAAUGACCACGGCUUAUUGUUGCACUGAUUUUAAGCACCAUGGACAAAAUUCAGCAAUGAGCCAAUAAAGUAAGAUGAUAAUUGUGACUAAGUGAAGCCCUACUAAUUUCAGUGGAAAUUAGAUGCAACUGAUUCCUAGGAGAUUAGGUCCUCUGUAUCUCACACCGUAGACUGUUAUUUAUGAAUAAAGUUUUCAUAUUUAUUUAUUGGUAAAGUAAGCCCACUCACCAUCUUAAGUUUUGCUAUAUUUCUGUGAUUUUUUUUUACUAGGCAUAAAAUGUUUCUGAGAAGUGAUGCUACAUUACUAUAUAUCACAAGCUUAUUUUUGCCACAGUAUUUAUGUUUACAGUUAGAUAUCACUUUUACUAACAAUUGUCUGGAGGAGAAUAGUCUGUCUACUGAUUGUGAUAAAGUACAAAAAUGGGCAGACUGAUUAUUUGAUUUUGUAAGAUUAUUGUGCAAUGUAAAUGGUAACUUUCAAAAAAGAAACAUUUAUUUCUAGUCAUCCAGCCUGGAAAAUAAUCUAGGUAGUUUUUAAUAUCUAGAUAGUCCAUUAAUAAUGUACAUAAGUAGUUCUCUGUAAUUCUUAUACUACUGUGAACUUCUCAAAAUGGUACUAUAUCUCAGAAUUCUUUUAAAUAUAAAUAAAAAAUG